GUUAUUGACAACACCCCGUUGGGUUGUGUCGAGGGUUAGCGCUGCAUUUCUGACAGCCAGCGCGUUCUCGGUUCAGACAGCAAAGCACCGGCCGGAGAUCAGAUGAAAAAAGACAGCACGCCUCUCAGUCAGAAAUCUCUUGGAAGAGGAGGGGGUAAAGAACGCCACACAAAGUGCUUGAGAGCCGGAUCAAUCCAACCUGACAAAAGAGAUCCCGAAGCUGUAAAUGUAAUUCGUCAGCUAACGAUGUACCUACAGCACAAGGACUGCGGAGGUUGAAGAAGGAUUGGUAAUUGGAAAUUGUGUAACAGCUUCCAUAAAGUGACAAGUGACCCAUUCCAGCAGAUUAGCAUCCAGGAAAUCCAUGCUGAGUUGCCGCAGGCGCUCUCAUAGACGAUACACACUGCUGCUAUUGAUGGUGAAGGGAGUGAAUGUUGAUGGCAGUGUAUGUGGUGCCAGUUAAGCAGCUGCUUUGACCUGGAUGAUGCCAAACUUCUUGUGUGCUGCUGGAGCUACAGUCCUCCAUGCAAAUAACGAGUAUUCUAUCACACUCCUGAAUUGUGCUUUGCAGAUGGUGAACAGCUCUGGGGAGUCGAGAGCCUUUUGGAAAGAAACGACCUACACGUUUCACAAACUGAAAGCUAUUAUGAAGUCUCUACUCGAAGCUCUUUCGGAUACAACCUUCCGAACCAUCACUACUGAUCUCCUUUACAUUGCAUCCAAUGAAGUACAGUAUGAUGACACUAAAGUAGACCUCAACAUGACAAAACUUGGAUAUGUCACUCAGAAUUUACAUUCUUCCCUAGGAAAAGGCAACGCCUAUCUAGAAAAAAUGACAGCAGGAGAGGAGCUUUUAUACAAUGCCAACCUCCAUGAUUCCAUAAAUGGUACUAAUUACAUGUACAACCAAUCAGUUACAAAUGAUGAAUCGACAAUAACAUGUGGAGAAAACUUUAUGGACAUGGAAUGCUUUAUGAUUCUGACACCUACCCAACAGAUGGCAAUUGCUGUAUUGGCUUUGACUUUGGGAACGUUCACAGUGCUGGAGAAUGUAUUGAUUCUGUGUGUUAUAAUCCGAUCUCGCAGUCUCAGAUACAAACCAUCCUACCACUUCAUAGGCAGCCUGGCAGUGGCUGACCUCCUGGGCAGUGUGAUCUUUGUGUAUAGUUUUGUAGACUUCCAUGUAUUCCAAAGGAAAGACAGUCCCAAUGUCUUCCUGUUCAAACUUGGUGGUGUUACAGCUUCGUUCACAGCUUCAGUGGGCAGCCUCUUCCUGACGGCCAUUGAUCGAUACAUCUCUAUACACAAGCCCCUUGCCUACAAGAGGAUUGUCACACGGCCAAAGGCAGUCAUUGCUUUUACUGUCAUGUGGACCAUAUCAAUCAUGAUCGCAGUGCUUCCUCUAUUGGGCUGGAACUGUAAAAAACUGAACUCUGUCUGCUCAGAUAUCUUUCCUCUCAUUGAUGAGACUUACCUGAUGUUCUGGAUCGGUGUUACAAGCAUUUUGCUGCUUUUCAUCAUAUACGCCUAUGUGUACAUUCUGUGGAAGGCACAUGUUCAUGCUGUACGCAUGAUCCAGCGUGGCACUCAGAAGAGUAUAAUCGUACAGGUGACAGAGGGUGGCAAAGUGCAAACUGUUCGUCUUGAUCAAGCACGCAUGGACAUCCGACUGGCCAAGACACUUGUCCUUAUUCUGGUCGUCCUCAUCAUCUGCUGGGGUCCACUCCUAGCCAUCAUGGUCUACGAUGUCUUUGGGAAGAUGAAUAAGCUGGUAAAGACGAUAUUUGCCUUUUGCAGUAUGCUGUGCUUACUUAAUUCAACAGUUAAUCCUAUUAUCUAUGCUCUAAGGAGCAAAGAUCUGAGGCAUGCAUUUCGCAGCAUGCUCUGUUCCUGCAAGGGGGCAUCAGCUCAGCCACUAGAAAACAGCCUGGAGUCAGACUGCCAACAGAAACAAGGGAAUCAUCCCGGCACCAUGCAAACAGCUGCCAGGACCUGCAUCAAGAGCACUGUAAAAGUAGCUCAAGUGGCUAUUUCAGUCUCCACAGAGACAUCAGCUGAGGCUGUCUGAAUGGAGGAGUCUGACCAUUCACAAUGACAAUAAUUCUUAAUGGUUUAAUUAUUUUCCUGUAAAGAUCGUAUCGAAAAGAACUUAGGCAGCUCUUCUGCAAUGAUAUCAUUAGCAGUAGCUCUGGAAAUGCAGCAAAGCCAAUUUAGAAACCGCAUCCAUCCAAUUGGCUUUUGCAUGGCAAACCAAAACCAAGCUUUUCACUGACAACUUGGUUUGUACAGUAAAAGUGAAACAGAACUAUAUGUGGCAAUAUAGUAGGUCUCACUAAAAAGCCAUUCUCAAGGAUAGUCCCUGAACUAUCUUGAAACAAGGAUGUUCUUUUAAGAAUGUCAAGGAAGUUAAUAUCUGUCACAUGCAAUAUUGAUGUGGCUACUUCUAGUAUUGCAAGGGCACUCACUUCGUGGAUGAUGCUAUCUUUGUGUUGCUGCUUUUCUGUCCUGGUCCUGGUAAUUUAUUUGGCUUGUUUACCCACACCUAGUUAGGACUGAACUAAAUUUGGCAAAGCCUACAUCUUUCCAAUUAUAACUGUCGGAAUAAAGCAACACAGUGAGUUGCCCUUACAAUAUAUGGUGAUCAUAAGAGACAAAUCACUAAUUGACUCAUUAUUGAUGUAACCAGAGGAGUAUUCCCUGUUGAAUUAAUAUUUAAAUUCACAAAUUAAUUAUCUGCUUAUUAAAAAUGAAAUAAUUUAUUCCCUGCCUACCAGCAGCUAAGCAAAAUUUUAAUUCUUGGUGAUGUAGCAGAUAUUGACCCUGCUGAUUUCUUUGAAUGUGUAACAGUGCAUGUUGCACAUAUAUAAUAUCUAUACACAUAAAGAUACACAAGUUUGUCAUAUGAUGUGUGACAUAACCUAAUUGCCAGAUCCAUUACUUUUCAAAUAUUGGAUUAAGCAAUUUAGACAAAAAAGAGUCAAUUAUGAAACUAACUAAUGGUUUCAGUGCCAAUGGGCCAUUUAAUGGACUAUUUUAUUCCUUAUUGGUUGCCACAGAUUGAUUUAUAAUUUGAAUUUAGGUAUGUUGAUAUCCGAGAUAAAAGCAUUCAGAGUAGCAUCAAACAGUUACAUUAAUUUGGAGUAAUCUUAAAAAUAAGCAAUGGUCCAAUGAUUGAUAUAUUUCAGUAAAAUGUCACAAUGAUGGUUAAAUGCUACUAUUCUUCAAAUUUGGUUGUCGAUCGAAAUAAAUACUCAGGUGGUUCUGUAUUCAGGGGCACAGCUAUUUUGAAAAGUUACUUGAAGCUGUUUUUCAAAAUAAUAUUGUGUGGUGGGCUACUAAAUUGGGCUCAUUCGCACUUGAAUUCUGGGUGCAAUGAAAUUCCCUUAGAGCAUCAAAGUGGUGCUCAUGAACCAAGCUGAAUUGUGCUGACAUUAACGCACCGAGUGAGCAUCCAUUGGAAGUAUACAGAGCAGAAAGGUCACAAUAUCAAUCACAAGCAAUGCUGAUGUCAGCAGUAGAUUUUUGAAGCUCAACGCAGGAGCUAAGGCUCCUCCUAAGCUUGCAUAUCUGAAUGUAUGCUUUCCUUGCCCCGCUACACCACCACAACCUCUUCUCUGGUUCAAAGGAUCAUCAACUGCUUGCAUGUUAGCUGGUGGUUAAUUUCUCCUCUGGUUUCUUUUAAGUAUUAGACUUCUUUUUAUUAGUGAUUCAGUUUCCAAGUUCUACAGGAAGUAGCAUGACAGGCGGCAAGGUGUAUUAGUGGUUAGCACUGCUGCCUCACAGCACCAGGGUCCUGGGUUUGAGUCCACCCUUGGGUGACUGUCUAUGUGGAGUUUGUAUAUUCUCUCUGUGCCUGCCUGGGAUUCUGUUGAGUGCUCCAGUUUCCUAACAUAGUCCAAAGAUGUGCAGGUUACGUGGAUUGGCCAUGUUAAAUUGCCCAUACUGUCCAGGGAUGUGAGGGCUAGUUGGAUUAGCCAUGGGAAAUGCAGGGUUAUAAUGUAGUGCGGUGGAUUUGGGUGGGAUGUUCUUCUGAAUGUCGGUGUGGACUUGAUGGGCUGACUGGCCUGCCCCCAUACUGCAUGGAUUUUAUGAUUCUAUGACAGUUGCAGAAGAGGUUUAUUGCUAACUUCAAAGCUUCAGCAGAAAACAGUUGCAAAGAGACAUGUGUGCACUGAUUGGCAUUUCCAUAGGAUGAUAUUAGGGGGAUGGGUGAGGGUUCUGGAAUAGGGAGAGAGGGGGAGGCGGACCGAGAAUGGAGAGAAAAGAAGGUAGGUGAAGAGGAGAGUAUAGGUGGGGAAGUAGAGAGGGGAUAGGUCAGUCCAGGGAAGAUGGACAGGUCAAGGAGGUGGGAUGAGGUUAGUAGGUAGGAAACGGAGGUGAGGCUUGGGGUGGGAGGAAGGGAUGGG